AUGACCCGCAACGUGCCCACGUUGCCAAGGAUCAGGACGAACCGAGUAAGCAGACGACAAGCUAGUACGACGGCCCGCUCAUGUCAUGCCAUGGGUUUACAUGGACGUCAAAUCGCCAAGUGUGCCGCGCUUCCUAGUUACCCCCUGUAUCUCGCUACCGCCAUUUGCCAGUAUUUCCAUCGCAGUACUAUCGAAGAAUGCCAGCGGAAAGCGAAGUGCAUGAAGAGCGGAAAUUUCGACGGACCACAACCCCACUGCGAGCUAAUCCGCGUCGAGCCUGGGCUCUCAGGAAUCCGUGUUGGGACAGCGCGAUGCUGA